AUGUAUAUGUACAUGGUGGUGGUGCUCAAAAGCGCGGAUGUACGGCGCCUUGCGGCGCAUCAGCAGAACAUUCAGUUUAUUCAGUAUCUCGUCGGCCCUGGAGCCCACAGAGCACAAGUGGAUUGCGGCGAGCCGCUGCCUGACGAAAGUAGUCCUCAAUCUCCAGCCUUGAAGGAGCUCCAAAUAAGCACCUUGCUACUGUUUCCAUCUUGUGCUUGCUUGGCGCUGCUGCGACUGGAGGACUCGGAAUAUCGGCGGAAGCUCUGCUGCGAACUGAAGCAGGAGUCCACGGUGCUUGCGGCUCGUAGGUUGAUUGUUCUAAACGCAAUUGCAUGA